GCCCCCCCUCCCCUCCCACGCACCCCCCUGCUACGUCAGAAGCUCCCGGACCAGCUCCGAGUCCUGUCGGUGGGGGCAGCAGGAUGCUGGUGGAAGCAGAGGGGGCCGGCCGGGUGCCUCCGCAGCUCGGCUGGCAGGGCCCGGCGGGGCGUGUGCGGCUGCUAGUGCGAGCCCCCCCGCCCCACCCCUCCCCAUGCAGCCCUGGCAGUGCCUCCGGCGCUUUGCCCUGGCCUGGUGGGAGAGGACAGCCGAGGGCAGGGCUCGCUCUUCCAGGGAGGAGGCUGCACCGAGGGACCCCGGGGGCCGAGGGGAGCCAGGGCUCCAGCGAGCGGCGGGAGGGAAGCCUCCAGGACUCUGUUCCCUCUGUUUAAAGUCUCCAGAUCCAGAGCGGAGCAGCCCGCCCAUGCUGUCUGCGGAUGAUGCUGAAUACCCGCGGGAGUACCGGACCCUGGGGGGCGGGGGCGGCGCGGGCAGCGGGGGACGGCGCUUCUCCAACGUGGGGCUCGUGCACACGUCCGAGCGACGGCACACGGUGAUCGCCGCCCAGAGCCUGGAGGCGCUCAGCGGGCUCCAGAAGGCGGAUGCCGACCGCAAGCGCGAUGCCUUCAUGGACCACCUAAAGAGCAAGUACCCGCAGCACGCCCUGGCCCUGCGAGGUCAGCAGGACAGGAUGCGAGAGCAGGUUGGCGGCUGGACCGUGGACCCCGUGUGCCUCCUCAGCUCCCUCUGCUCCCACCUCCAUGGCGACUCCGCCCCCUCCGGGGCUGGCCAGCCGGCCCAGCAGCCAAACUACUGGAGUUUCAAGACCCGCAGCUCGCGCCACACUCAGGGAGCCCAGCCCGGGCUGGCAGACCAGGCUGCCAAGCUGUCAUACGCCUCUGCGGAAUCGCUGGAGACCAUGUCGGAGGCCGAGCUGCCCCUGGGCUUCAGUAGGAUGAAUCGCUUCCGACAAAGCCUGCCCCUCUCCCGCUCCGCCAGCCAGACCAAGCUGCGCUCGCCAGGGGUGCUGUUCCUGCAGUUCGGGGAGGAGACUCGGCGCGUGCACAUCACGCACGAGGUCAGCAGCCUGGACACGCUGCACGCACUCAUCGCGCACAUGUUCCCGCAGAAGCUCACCAUGGGCAUGCUUAAGUCGCCCAACACCGCCAUCCUCAUCAAAGACGAGGCUCGCAACGUCUUCUACGAGUUGGAGGACGUCCGGGACAUCCAGGACCGCAGUAUUAUCAAGAUCUAUAGGAAGGAGCCGCUCUACGCCGCUUUCCCUGGCUCACACCUCACCAACGGGGACCUCCGGAGAGAGAUGGUGUAUGCGUCGCGGGAGUCGUCGCCUACGCGGCGCCUCAACAACCUGUCGCCAGCGCCGCACCUGGCCUCCGGCUCGCCGCCGCCGGAGCUACCGUCCGGGCUGCCGUCGGGGCUGCCGUCGGGGCUGCCAUCGGGCUCGCCGUCGCGCUCGCGCCUCUCGUACGCCGGGGGGCGCCCGCCGUCCUACGCCGGCAGCCCGGUGCACCACGCGGCCGAGAGGCUGGGGGGAGCCCCCGCCGCCCCGGGCGUCAGCCCCAGCCCCAGUGCCAUCCUGGAGCGGCGCGACGUGAAGCCGGACGAGGACCUGGCGGGCAAGGCGGGCGGCAUGGUGCUGGUGAAGGGCGAGGGCCUCUACGCCGACCCCUACGGGCUGCUCCACGAGGGCCGCCUGAGCCUGGCCGCGGCCGCCGGCGACCCGUUCGCCUACCCGGGCGCCGGCGGCCUCUACAAGCGCGGCUCGGUGCGCUCGCUCAGCACCUAUUCGGCCGCCGCGCUGCAGUCCGACCUGGAGGACUCGCUGUACAAGGCGGCGGGCGGUGGCCCGCUCUACGGCGACGGCUACGGCUUCCGCCUGCCGCCCUCGUCGCCGCAGAAGCUGGCCGACGUGGCGGCACCCCCCGGGGGCCCCCAGCCGCCGCACAGCCCCUACUCGGGGCCGCCCAGCCGCGGCUCGCCGGUGCGCCAGUCCUUCCGCAAAGAUUCGGGCUCCUCGUCGGUCUUCGCCGAGAGCCCCGGAGGCAAGAGCCGCAGCGCUGGGGGCUCCUCGACGGCCGGAGCCCCGCCCUCCGAGCUCUUCCCCGGACCUGGGGAGCGCCCGCUCGUCGGGUUCGGGCCGCCUGUGCCAGCCAAGGACACGGAGACCAGGGAACGCAUGGAGGCCAUGGAGAAGCAGAUUGCCAGCCUCACAGGCCUGGUGCAGAGUGCCCUACUGCGAGGCUCAGAGCCUGAGACCCCCAGUGAGAAGAUUGAAGGCUCCAAUGGAGCAGCCACCCCCUCAGCACCCUGCGGGUCAGGCGGCAGGAGCAGCGGGGCCACCCCAGUGUCCGGCCCUCCCCCACCUUCGGCUAGCAGCACCCCUGCGGGGCAGCCCACUGCCAUCAGCCGUUUGCAGAUGCAACUACACCUGCGUGGCCUGCAAAACAGCACCAGUGACCUGCGCAGCCAGCUGCAGCAAUUGCGGAAGCUCCAGCUCCAGAACCUGGAGUCGCUGCGCGCGCUGCUGAAGGGCACGGAGGCGGAGCUGAGCAUGCGCGUGUCGGAGGCGGCGCGGCGGCAGGAGGACCCGCUGCAGCGGCAGCGCACCCUGGUGGAGGAGGAGCGGCUGCGCUACCUCAACGACGAGGAGCUCAUUACCCAGCAGCUCAAUGACCUGGAGAAGUCGGUAGAGAAGAUCCAGAGGGACAUGUCCCACAACCACCGGCUGGUGCCCGGGCCCGAGCUGGAGGAGAAGGCACUGGUGCUGAAGCAGCUUGGGGAGACGCUGACUGAGCUCAAGGCUCACUUCCCAGGUCUUCAGAGCAAGAUGAGGGUGGUGCUGCGCGUGGAGGUGGAGGCCGUGAAGUUCCUGAAGGAGGAGCCACAGCGCCUGGACGGGCUGCUCAAGCGCUGCCGUGGGGUCACAGACACGCUGGCCCAGAUCCGAAGGCAAGUGGACGAGGGUGUGUGGCCACCCCCCAACAACCUCCUGAGUCAGUCCCCCAAGAAGGUGACGGCCGAAACUGACUUCAACAAGAGCUUGGACUUCGAAAUGCCGCCGCCCAGCCCGCCGCUGAAUAUCCAUGAGCUGAGUGGGCCGACUGAGGGAGCCGCUCCCACCCCCAAGGGGGGCAACCCCACCAAAGGCCUGGACACUCCUGGCAAGAGAAGCGUGGACAAGGCUGUGUCUGUUGAGGCUGCCGAGCGGGACUGGGAGGAGAAGCGGGCAGCCCUGACUCAGUACAGCGCCAAGGACAUCAACCGGCUGCUGGAAGAGACACAGGCAGAGCUGCUGAAGGCCAUCCCUGACCUGGACUGUGCGAGCAAGGCCCACCCAGGCCCGGCCCCCACCCCUGACCACAAGCCCCCCAAGGUCCCCCAUGGCCAGAAGGCAGCCCCCCGAACGGAACCCAGUGGGAGGAGGGGCUCAGAUGAGCUGACGGUGCCCCGGUACCGCACGGAGAAGCCCUCCAAGUCGCCCCCACCGCCCCCUCCCCGCCGGAGCUUUCCCUCUUCCCAUGGCCUGACCACCACACGCACAGGAGAGGUUGUGGUCACCAGCAAGAAGGACUCAGCCUUCAUCAAGAAGGCCGAGUCUGAGGAGCUGGAGGUGCAGAAGCCCCAAGUGAAGCUGCGCCGGACGGUGUCGGAGGUGGCCCGCCCAGCCUCCACGCCGCCCAUCAUGGCCUCUGCUAUCAAGGAUGAGGACGAUGAGGACCGCAUCAUCGCAGAGCUGGAGGUGUUUGAGAGAAGCUCAGUGUCUUCCCUCCCCCCCACGCCCCGCCGCCAGCCGAUCCCCACCUUGCUGUCCCCCCAGGACCUGGGGCCCCCCAGGGGCUCAGCCCCGGGCCCCCCAUGGAAGAGUGGCGGUGGCAGCGUGCCACCCAUGAAGGUGGUGACCCCGGGGGCUUCUCGGCUGAAGGCGGCUCAGGGCCAGGCAGGCAGCCCCGACAAAGGCAAGCACGGCAAGCAGAGGGCCGAGUACAUGAGGAUCCAGGCCCAGCAGCAGGUCUCUGUUCGGAGCUCAAGCCUGCCCCAACUGCUUUCCCCCCAGGAAGUGUCACCCACCCCCAGGCAUCCGCCCACGCUUGGGGCGUCUCCGAGCUCCACCUUUUCCGUCACCUCCUACAGACGCAGAACUCUUCUCUUCCCACACUCCUGCCACUGCUCUGGCUCUCUGGCACUUCCAUUUUUCUAGUAGCUUUUCUUUGAAAAAGCAUCUUCUUUCUAAUAAAGUAAUACGUGUUCCUUGUGAAAAAUUUUUAAAGUAAAGAAAAGUUAUAAAGAAGCAGGGAAAAAAAUCAUCUUAUGCCUCGCUACCUAAAUGCAUGCUUUUCUGAGGUCCCCUGUGACUUCUGUUGCCUCUAACCUGUUUCCCAGGCCUGCGGGGUGCAGAGGGAGUUGGUAACAUGCAGAUUUGAUUCUGUCACUCCCCCUGCCUAAAACCUGUGCCCACCAGCCCCUGCCGGGUAAGAAGCUCGAAAGUCCUUCACAUGCUGCCCAGAGCGCUUCAUGAGCCGCCUCGGGUCCCUCCGCCCAGCUCUCCCGGCGCCCUCCAUCCCACACCCUCAAUUUGCUCCAGCCACCCUGGGUCACCUGGCCCUCCGUCCUCUGGGCCGGGGACACCUCUCCAUACCAACUCAGUCUGUGACCUUGGUCGAAGUCCUCUGCCUCAUGCAGGCUCUUUCCUCAUCUGUGCAGUGCGUUCUGAGGUCAUAUAAUGCCAGAUACGGGAACGAGCUUUGAAAGCCACAGAGGGAAGGAGUCACCAUUGUGCUUGGUGGCACUGUACACUUGUUAGGGACAGGGCUAGGCAGAGGCCUCCCCUCAUCAUGAGGUUCUAAGAUGCGGAGCUCGAAGCUGCCUUUGACAAUGAUGAGGGGGAGAGGAAGAGAAGUGCCAGGAUCAGAGACACAGAAAUUGGGGGGCGGAGGGGAGUCCGAGUUGGGGGUGCAACAGUGCAGGCACUACAGAGAAAUCAGAGGACGUGAUUGAGAGAAAGCUCGUGGAUGUUGUGCUCAAGAUCCAGGGGUGGGAUGGGAGCCAGAUUCCUGGGGUGCAAGGAUCAAGGGCUUGGCGCAGACGUGAAGCCGUGGACACCCCACUGGGGCUAAGAAAUCUGGUGAACACCCAGCAUAUCUCCUCAGACGGCUGAAGCGAAGAGACUGUAAUGAAGGUGCCGCCCCAGAGGGUUGAGGGAACAAACAAGGGGUGUUGAGGCACCGAGGGACUAGUGAGAGCAGGCAGCUGUGACCUCCCUGGGGAGAGGGGCAAGGAUCGCAGUGCUUAGGGAGGCCAGUGAGAGCUAGCCGGCAGGAGCUGUGGUUACAGCGGCAUGGCUGCUACCUGUGACAGGGCGCCGAGGGGGCAGGGGGUAGGGAAGAAACUUUACCCCCACCACCCCCCAUUUCACUCUGCCCUAAUCCCUUUGGCCAAACCCAACUGGAAGGCAGUCGGCACAGGCGUGGCAGGGCUCGGCCAGCCAGGGCACAGAGCAGGGCAGAAAUUGCGUCUGGGCAGUGGAGAGGCAAAUGGGAAACAGCUGGCACACCUUUUAGGUACCAAGUUUAUGUAUCUUAUUUAAUCCUCAUAACAACUUUAUAUCUUAAACUUUAUGUGCUUAAUCCAUCUUGUCACUGCUCCAUCCUCAUGGUACCUAGAACAGUGCAUGGCAUACACAGGCGCUCAGUAAAUAUUUGUUGGGUGGGUGACUGAAGGGGUGAAUUUGCCACGGAUCAGGCCCAAUCCAGAUGGAAAUAGACAAAACAGACUUGAAAUGUUAAAAUAACAACGAUAUGGUAAUAACAAUAAUAUCCGCCAUCUAUUGUAUGUGUCCUGAGUGUGGCACUGAGCCCCGUGCUCUGUGUACGUCAUCUCAUGUGAAACCAAUGUCCCUGGCUUGCAGGUGAGGACGUGAAGGCCCAGGGAGAUAACCUGCGCAGGGUCAUGCAGUUAGGCUAGGACUUAACCCCAGGUCUGCCUGACAUAGAUUCUGCUGUCUUAAUGCUGGACUCUACUGCUUUACAGGGAUCGUGACCUCGUGGGUGUCACCAAGCCUUGGUGAGAUGGCACAUGUGACAGGAAUACUGUUGACAAGAGCGUUAGGGGAGCACCUGUGGGCCUCACAUGUGUCAGUUGGAAUGCUUUUAGCUGCAAAUAGUGGAAACUAAUUCAGAAUGGCUCGAACAAUAAGGAAAGGUAGCUUCUAACAAAACAAGAACUCUGGAAGCAGGGGCAAUCCGUGGCUCGAGGCCGUCAGGAUCUGUGUUCCUUCCAGAUUUUGGUCCUGUUGGCCCUCAUCCUGGCCCCCUCAGCCUCCCACAAUGGCUGCCUUCAUUCCAGGGGUCCUAGGCACACAGAUCUUUUUAGGAGCAGGAGAACCUUUCCAGAAGUCCCCAUCUGACCUCCCCCUUCUUCUCAUUGCCCAUUCCUAAAUCAGUCACUGGCAAGGAGAAGGACAUUACUAAAUUACCAUAGAUUUAUCAGGACCCACCCACCCCGGGCUGGGGGAAAGCCGUGCCUCUCCUGACAGCCCGGUGCCUGAUUCGGGCAAGUAGCAAGGAGGACUGGCGUGCGGGCAGGGGGAGGUGGCACCAGCAGGAUCUGCCACUUCAAGAUGACCUACACUUAUAUGGAAAUCUGUGCGUCAUAGCAUGGAGGGACAGGUCAGCAUGCUCGGGGCAUAGGGCGGUGCUAGACUCUGACCCACAGGAAGCAGAGGGGUCAGAGCUCAGCCGUCUGGGCCUGGCUAAUGGUUCCAGUCUCCUCGGCUGGAAGCUGAAGGUUUCUGCCUUGCCACAAAUGUGACAAAGCACUGCUUCUCUGGACAUAAUUGGGAGCAACAGGGCAGGACUGGCUGGUGAAAUGGAAGUGACAGGAAAUUUCAGAGACAGCAGCUGUGUCACGCGAGAACUCUGAGCAGCACAGGACAGGGCCCAGUUGGACGUGCUCCCUCAGCUUCAGGAAAGUGGAUUUUGGAUGCUGCUGCAGCCAGUCUCCUGGGAGGAAAGACGACCUGAGACGACUGUGCAAAACCGGUGCUCACAGAGCGACGGAAGAGGUCGCCGUGAAGCGGGGGUGGGGGGCGUCCACGUCGGCCGGUGGACGCUGCCACACACUGGCGUUUAAAGGCCUUCCGCGGGCUGUGGGAGAAGGAGGACAUGGCCUGGGUGAGGAUGUGUCACCUGAGUGAAUACAGGAGUCAGGUGGUGGCACAAGCGUGAAGGCAGGGGGUCCAAAGACCAAAGCUCAGAAUAGACUGGGGCUCCUGACAAAUGCUAAAGGGAAGGAACAGAAAAAGCUUUUAACUAGAAAGAUGGGUUGAGAACAAAGAGGACAGCCAGGAGGGAGUCAGUGUUGGCUUGGGACCCUGUGAGAUGCGAAGAGACACGGGGAGAAAGCAGAUGCGCUCCCCUCCCACCAGCUUUGGGAGAAAGAACUCUAAAUGGGCAGUGGGGGAGGGGCCUAGAGCCCAAGGGAGUGAAGGAGAGAGCUCUCGGUUGCCUUUGAAUGAGUCUUCUCCAGGUCCAAGUACCAGGACCCCGCAAACAGGGGCCGUGGCGCUUGGCAGAGGACUGGGUGGAUGCAGAGAUCCUGUGGCUGCGGCCCUGGCCCCUCUGUGAGUAAGGAAUGAGCAGCCACAGUAAAGAGGAGAGAGGUUAGAAGACCCAGACGGGUCUCUGGCCUUAAUUCUCAUUAAGGGGAAAGUGUGGACACAAAGCCAGUGAAUCCCUCUUGGGAGAAGGGGCGUGGUGCUCUCCAGCUGCAAGGGCGGGGUCACUGUCAGCCAGUCAGGCUGCAAGCCAUCCCCUCAGGUCAGUGGAGUGACCUCCCCAGACCUAACCUGCACGAGGUCUCUGGCCAUGUGCCCCAGCACUGUCUGCAGCCCUCUUCCUAUCUUUUUCUAUCAAGGCAAUUCACUUAUCACACUAGUAGCCAAGCAAGGCCAGGAGGGACAGUGACUGCAGCGACAGGGAGAACACCCCGUCUGUGUAGCCCUAACCCAGUGGACCUCAGAGUUAAGUGUGCAGCGGGAUCACUGGGGGCGCCUGCCUAACGUGUGGAUUCCUGAGUCCACACCAGAGAUGGACUCUGGAGUGGGGCCUGGAAAUCUGCAUUUGUGACCUGUCAUCAAUGGCUUUGGAACCAUACAAACCUCCCGGACCAGUACAGAGGCAGGGAGUCUGCUGGAGGUGGAGAGGGGCAUGGCUCUAACUAUGAGAACUGACCCGUGAGUGCAGGACGUGUCGUGAGGGAGUGACUUCCCGGUACCCGGAGGCCCAGCUCAAAGCAGGAGGAACACUUGUAGGGCAUGCGGUGGGCUUCCUGCCUUGAGUGGGAGGUUGGAUGCAGUGGUCCCUUUUCCUCCAGCUUCCAGGGGAUGGGGGGUAUGGGGGGUUCUUAAGAGAAGUGCUCCCUCGAGAGAACAAGCUCACGCCUCAGUUGCUACCACAAGACCUUCAGCUGAGAAUCAGCCCCCUGCUGAGGUCAGGAGGGGCCCUGGCUGGGUGGCUGACCGGUUGGGACUGAGAGCUGGGCUGCUCCCCUCUCGCCUCCCUGCACCCCCGUGGUAGCUAACAUUUCACUUCCUCCUCGCCUCCCCGGCCCUCUGCCCACUCCCCUUCUCCCUGGCUGCCCUCCUGGACGGGGUCUCCCUUGUGCUUCUCUGCUCUCUCUCUUCUACCUUUUCUCUUUCCUCUCAGUAACCGUGGACUUACCCUCCCACCCUGGUUCCCGGGCCCUCUGGUCCACCCGUGUGUCCCCCCUUCCUGCCCCUGCUGUGGCGCCCUCCUCCACUGUCUCAGGGGACCACUCUCUCCAGAUGCCCCUCUGAUUUCUUCCUUUUGCAGUGAAUUUUCUCUUGGAUUUGUGGAGGUUUUUCAUUUUUUUAAGACUUCAGCUGGCGGCCAGGAUGUGGCUCUCCCUUCCUCUCUCUGACCCCUGACCCCUGUUUUUC